AUGAGCAUAUCAGUCGCAUGGGAUCUUAUUGAGAGAUCUUUGACUGAAUUUUUGGAAUCAUACUCGUUUACUUCGAAUUUAAUACUGACACCUACAAGCAAAUUUAUUACUGAGACGUUAAUCGUACUUUUUUUAAUUGUAUUGACUUAUGAAACGAUAUAUUGGAGUGGAAUUUACUUGAACUUAUGGGAAUAUCAUGCCAAAGACAUAUUUACAGAAGUACCAAUACACUGCGCUCAUGUUUAUUUCCGGUUGAAUGUAAUUGACGCUAAAAGCUUGGAUCAACUUGAGAAAUACUACUCUUUGAAGCAGCAUAGUAAAUAUAAUAUCCUAAAAUGGAACGAGUUAAAUCAGCUAGGGUCCAGUUUAUUUAAAUUGAAGAAAUUUAUAAGAUAUCAUUUUGAAUUCAGUCCCGAAGACUUCGAAAUGAAUGAAAACCCAGAAUUUGGUUCCACCGUAAUUCACUUGAGACGCAAAAUCUUACAACUUUUUGAAAACUCGAAGAUAUAUAAAGAAUUUCACGAUAAAGAGUACAGAGACAGGGAUGUUCUCCUAUUCAAUAAAUAUGAUAAAGAAGUUGACCACAAGCAAGAUUUAUGCUAUCUCAGCAAAUGUAAUAUUGAGACUGGCAAUGUCAUUGAUUGUAUAAUCAUUUAUUAG